AUGUGUGCGCCUCGGUACGUGUCAGGCACACCGAACAGCAUGGGGGGAUCGCCGCUCACAUACCGGCGCGUGGACAAGCAGAUUACUGCUAGUAAUUCUACGGGGAGCAAUGGGACUCCGCAAGAACAUGACGGCCGAUCGUCCCCACUCCGUGGUGCCCCACAUUCGCGGGCAGAGUCACCGACUGACCCCAACCCUACGCCGGAAUCACAGCAGAGCAUUUUCACUCAAGGCUGGUCUCCUGAGUCCCUCCACCAUCAGACCGAAACCGUCAGCCUGACGCCUGAGGCGUCCCCAUAUGGAUCCCUCAGCGAACAGGUAGGAGCCGGCGACCCGGUGGGUGCGGGACUAUUGCCUGGGUUCCCAACAAGAGGGGACGAAGGCCUCUUCAUGGCUCUUGAAGAUGUGUCGCCCCCGAGAUCCCCUUCUGAGACGACCGGAUCGUUCAUGCUGACCGGUGAUAUGUUCCCCUCUUGGUCGCCCAGCGGACACCUGGAAACACGCGACCUUGUGGCCGCGGGACUCUUGCCUGAGUCCCCCACAGGAGGCGGAGGCCUCGUCAUGGGACUUGAGGGGCUGCCUCCAAGCCUUCCGUUUGAGGGGACCGCAUCGUUCAUGACGACUGGGGGGGGAAUGCCGUCAGAAUCAUUCAGCGGAAGGCUAGGAACGGGGAACCGGAUGGCUCAUGGGCUUUCGCCUCGGUCUCCCACCGGAGCGGACGGCGGCCACUACAUCCCUCUGGAAGAGGUGUCGUCUGGACCCCCAUCUGACGGGACCGGGUUGGUCAUGAACACAGAAGAAGAGUCCCCACGCUCAACCAGCGAACAGGUAGAAACAGACGCCUCAAUAGCUGGGGGACUGUCGCAGGGGUCCCCUACAGGAGGGGGCGGAGGCCUCGUCAUGGUUGUGGAGGAGGUGUCGUCUGGCCCCGCAUCUGACGGGACCGGGUUGGUCAUGAACACAGAAGAAGAGUCCCCACGCUCAACCAGCGAACAGGUAGAAACAGACGCCUCAAUAGCUGGGGGACUGUCGCAGGGGUCCCCCACAGGAGGGGGCGGAGGCCUCGUCAUGGUUGUGGAGGAGGUGUCGUCUGGCCCCGCAUCUGACGGGACCGGGUUGGUCAUGAACACAGAAGAAGAGUCCCCACGCUCAACCAGCGAACAGGUAGAAACAGACGCCUCAAUAGCUGGGGGACUGUCGCAGGGGUCCCCCACAGGAGGGGGCGGAGGCCUCGUCAUGGUUGUGGAGGAGGUGUCGUCUGGCCCCGCAUCUGACGGGACCGGGUUGGUCAUGAACACAGAAGAAGAGUCCCCACGCUCAACCAGCGAACAGGUAGAAACAGACGCCUCAAUAGCUGGGGGACAGUCGCCGGUUAUCCCCUCCAGCGUGGAAGGAGACCUCUACAGAGCUCGGGAGGCGGUGUGGCGAGGCCCUUCACCUCAGGGGACCGGAUCGGUGAUGAUGAGAGGCGAGGGGCUCCCGUCAGGGUCGCUUAGCGAGCAGACAGGAACAGGCACCUCGAGUACUGAGGGACUGUUGCCGGGGGCCCGGACAAGAGGGGGCGAAGGCCACUUCAUGGCGUUGGAGAGGGCAUCACCUGAACUACCCAGUGGACUGAGAGUGUCAGACACUACCGGGACUGGUGUCGCGCCGGCAGGGUGCUUCGGGGAACGGGAGAUAACACUCAUUGGGCCCGUUGCGAGAUCGGGAGUGCUCACCUCUCCCGAUGAGGUGCAAAUAGCGAUCGAGGACCUCGUGCGGAGGUCCGACUGGGCCAGAGCGCGUUUGAUAGCCGCAAGGAACCGAGUGCUUGCUGACCAUGCGCUGCAUGGGACGCAUGUCGACACCGAUACACUACACAGAGAACACGAACAGGAGAGAACCGCGCAGAAAGAAGUCCCUGGGACCGUGGAUUUAUCAACAAAAAGAAGCCAGCCAGAGGGCAGUCCGGCGAGAGCUCCAAUGGCGUCUCUGCGUACAAGUGCAGAAGAACUGCAAGACGCUCCGUCGAGAAUGGAUCUUGUCACUGCCCAAAUCAGAGCGGCGACAGGCGACCUGUUCGCCAGGGUUGCAGGGGGCAACCCGCCAGGCACAGAGGAUGCGCUGUUUCAUCCCCAGCAACAAGGUGAUCCAACCGUCGCUGCAAUGCAGAUGCACUGUAGCCUGGCGCCGGACGGCACCCGUAUGCAAGUGUUCUCCGCGCAUGAGGACCGUCCCACCUCCCAUGUACACGCCGAACACACUGAAGCGGAGAUGGAAGUGGUGUUACGUGAAAUACGGAGCAUAAGAGCAAGGAGACGCCGAGUGGCGAAAAAUGCAGCAGCAGCUAGGGAUCGCCUGCGACGAUCACAGGAGAGCAGACCCGCCGGAAGGUCUGAGGAGGCGGAGAUGUGGGAAGAGGAUUUUGAAAAACUUGUCCGGUCUAAAGAGGCACUCGUCGAGAAAAUCGACCGAGAUCUUGAAUGCAAGAGAUCCCAGCUCGCAGAGCUCCGUUCUGCGUUGAUUGCGAGAUCUCCAUGGGCUCAGUCAUUCAGUCGGACGCGGGAAACAUCUGAGGCAUCGGCAUCACAUGCAAGUCUUACUCGUGAAGCCAGUACGCAAAAAGGAGAUCUUCCCAGUGACGCAGCCUCGACCACAGGCACUCCUCCUGUUUGUUCCACCGUCGCACAGUCGGGCCCGCGGCACCGUGUCACCCGAUUCAUACGGAGCUCGCGGGAAACAGACUUCACUGAUGAGGGAGCCCCGCUCUUGCACCAAGGCUCUUGGCUACGCACAAUGGGACACGCGAUGGCGCCCUCAGCAGGCGCGGAUCCGCAGCCAGCAGAAGACUUCGCUGCAAUCUCAGAUGCCGCGGAGAGGCGCGAGAGCCCUACCGUGCGGCCAGUGUCAUCAGCGUCGUCUUCUACACCAUACGACACGUUCGUCGGAAUGCCGGCGGCUGAGGCAUCUCUCACUGCGGAAUUCCGAAAGCGCCCGCAUGCCGGGAAGGGUUCAGGCGUCGUGCAUCCAGCAUCGGCUGUAGUCGAAGGAGCCUUUCAGUCCCUAACAGAAGACGUCCAACAUGGUCCCAUUGAACCCGAGCCAAAAAAAAGACGAAACCGGCGUUUUCCACGGAUGCCUCGACGGCUACGACGCGAGUCCGCCGAUGAGGGCGGCGUCGAUGAGGCACCCGAGUGGAUACUGGAUUAUCCCUCGGCAGAAACUGGACAUGAAACACUGGGCGAAGGCGUAAGUAGGAACGAGCAGGCGCAGGGGCGUGCCGCGGGCGGCUUUUUCGGGACAUCACGGUCUUCUGGCCCGGCCGCCUUACCUUUGGAUCCGCCGCCUGUCUUCGCGCGCGUAGAACCUCCGGCUCCUCUAAGGGCGGCCCGAGAGAUGGCACUGCAACUUCCGUGCUCGUACGCUGCAGACUGGGAGCUGAGGAGCCACCUACAAGACUUCGAUACUUUGUCACAGCAGCGUGUAAUUCGCAGAACUGGGCCGCCCCUGGUGGCGCCUGUAGAGUACCUGUCACGCAGUCAGCCCACAGAGCAUCGCAGAACCAAGGAUCCUCUGCUGCGGGUUCGAUCGCCAUUGGAGACCCCUGAUUCCUUGAUAGCAGGAAUGUGGUGGGGUGGGUCGAAUCCCGCUUCGAUUAGCGCAAGCGGAAUACCUACCCCUGCCUACGACUCACUGCGUUAUAGCGGAGCGCAGCCGCUACCGCUUCUUCCACCCCCGCCCUCCUUCACGCGGCUCGCCGACCCGGACAACCCCGAAAGGCGCGGAUGGAGCGCACUGACAUGGCCCUCGCUUGCUCUAAGAGGCUUUCCGCCGUUACCUUGGGCACCGGUUCCUAGGCUGGAUUGUUCGACCGAUUGGGUCCGUCAUUUUGUAGCAACCACCGCGCAGUCUGCUUACCACGUAGAAGCGUGCAGCGUUUCGGCCACGCCCUUCCGUUCGGCCCUCGUGGCAGGUUUAGAUGGGAGCUCCGGCGAGUUUGCUGGGCAGACUAACGAUCGCCAGCGGGCAUCUGCGCAGGGUAGAGUCCAGCCAGGCUCGGCGCCGGGCGAGCAGACUACCGCCAUUCGGCCACGGCGAAGGGGCGGUGUACGACGGCGAUACAAAGACUACUAG